AAUGAAUCAAUAAUUUUUUGGCAACUCAAGAUUGGCAAUCCAAAGAGCUCAAUAACUUCAUUAAUUCUUCACAGAGUCAGUCAUAUAUGACUAAUUCAAAUACACAGCUAAAAUGCCUCAAUAUCCUAAGAUUGUAUUUUUGCAAUCAAAUCCAUUUGUAAGAAAUUUAGUUGAGAAGUAUUGAAUUAAAUAUACUUUUAGACAAUUUAUUCAAUAUUCAAUAAUAGAUGCUUAGAAGACAACAGGAGAAGUAAGUUUAUUAUUGAUGGUUAGGACAGUGUUGCUAGAUUGGCUGAAUAAGUUCAAUUGUAAUCCACUUAAACUAAUGGUGCAUUGUUAUUUGGAUACCCUAAUAAUGCAAAUGAAGCAGAGAAGUACAAAAAUGAAUAAAUAAUUCUUAGACUCGAUCGAUUAUUGGAUGGUGUCAAUUUGGCUAUCAGAUUCAAAUUGUCUGAGUCAUUGGCAUAGAAGAUUGCAGGAUCAUACUUAUCCUGUUAAUCCUGUGGCAAAGUGUUCAAUACAAGUCUACCAUUUGUUACUCCAACUCAUCCAGGAUAUCAAAAUAAUGUAUGAUAAAAACAUAAUUAAUUUUAGUGUCAAACUCCAAGCAAAUGUGCUUUAGAAUAGAGUUCUGCUCCAGCUGACUAAAUCAAUUCAGAAGUUGCCAAUUAUUAUUAAUAGAAAGUAUGAUUUGUGAGGAAUAGAUUAGGGUGCAUAUCUUGAAUAUGAGAUAAACGAAGAGCAUUUGUAAUAUGAUUCAUAGGAGUUCUUUGAAAAAUUAGACAAUGCAGUAGCAACACAUAUCAAAGUUUGAUAUUUUUAAACAAAUAAAGAAA